AGCUUGCCCUCUGCAGUUCAAGGCCACGGGUCUCAGACCCUGACUGGCACCCCAGAACUUUUGAACCCCUUGGGAAGGGUUUCUGGGCCAAUGGGUCCCAAGUUCUGGAGGGACAGAUCUGUCCCAGGAGUGUGGCUCUUGGGAGCUGCUGCCCACUGUCCUCCAUAGUUGGGGUGACUCAGCCCAGCAACCAUGCCGGGUCCAUUUUGAGUCAGCUGAGACGGGGAGGAGCAGGUAGUACCCACAGGGAGGAGGAGCUCAGAAGCAGAAAGAAAUUCUCUUUUCACUUUCCCUCCUUCUUCAGGACCCUGGAUUGCUAGAGAGGGUAGGGAAUCGUUCUUCCUUGACCCAAGGGCAGACUGGACAGGGUCCUGGCCUGGCCCCUGUGAAUGGGAAAAGGGAAAGGGGACUGGUGCAGAGGGCUGGUUUUGGUCUGGGUCAGGGAAUGGGGAAAUGGAGGCAAGGGGAGGCAGUGUGUGUGGGGGGCGGGGGGGUGUCACCAAAGGGCAAACCCAGAGUGGGGCAAGUUGGUGCUGUGCCAGUCAGGUGGGAUGCAGAGGCCAUGAAGCCUGAGGGCCCCCUCUGUGCCCCAGAAGAGCCAUGGCUCCAAAGCGCAAGCCGCAGGUGCAAUGUGAGGCCCCUGAAAAAAAGAAGGGGCGGCAGGGGGCAGAGGGGGAGGACAGCUUCCGCUCCACCGCCGAGGCCCUCAGAGCUGCGCCCACAGAGAAGCACGUAGUCCGAGUGGACCCAGCAUGCCCACUCAGCCACAACCCUGGGACCCAGCUGCUGGAAGAGGGUGACCGCUUUGCCUGCUGGAACCGCUGGGGCCGUGUGGGAGAGGUGGGCCAGUCAAAGCUCAGCUACUUCAAGCUACUGGAGGAUGCAAAGAAGGACUUCGAGAAGAAAUUUCGGGACAAGACUAAGAACAGCUGGGUGGAGCGUGACCACUUUGUGGCCCACCCGGGCAAGUACACGCUUAUCGAAGUGCAGGGAGACAACGAGGCCCAGGAAGCCGUGGUGAAGGUGGACAGAGGUCCCGUGAGGGCCGUGGUACAGCGCAUGCAGCCCUGCUCCCUGGACGCUGCCACACAGAAGCUCAUCACCAACAUCUUCAGCAAGGACAUGUUCAAGAAUGCCAUGACCCUCAUGAACCUGGAUGUGAAGAAGAUGCCCCUAGGGAAGCUGAGCAAGCAGCAGAUUGCACGGGGCUUCGAGGCUUUGGAGGCCCUGGAGGUGGCGCUGAGAGCCCCCACAGAUGGUGGCCCCAGCCUGGAGGCGCUGUCCUCCCACUUCUACACCGUCAUUCCCCACAACUUUGGCCGCAACCGGCCCCCGCCCAUCAACUCCCCCGAGCUCCUGCAGGCCAAGAAGGACAUGCUGCUGGUGCUGGCCGACAUCGAGCUGGCCCAGACCCUGCAGGCAUCCCCCGAGGAGGAGGAGGUGGAGGAGGUGCCACACCCGCUGGACCGAGACUACCAGCUCCUUAAGUGUCAGCUCCAGCUGCUGGACCCAGAGGCACCCGAGUACAAGGUGAUACACACCUACCUAGAACAGACUGGCAACAGCUACAGGUGCCCGGCUCUUCAACAUGUUUGGAAAGUGAACCGAGAAGGGGAGGGAGACAGGUUCCGGGCCCACUCCAAGCUGGGUAAUCGGAAGCUACUGUGGCAUGGCACCAACGUGGCAGUGGUGGCCGCCAUCCUCACCAGUGGGCUCCGCAUCAUGCCACAUUCCGGCGGCCGCGUUGGCAAGGGCAUCUACUUCGCCUCAGAGAACAGCAAGUCAGCUGGCUAUGUGACUGGCAUGUCCUGUGGAGCCCACCAAAUUGGCUAUAUGUUCCUGGGGGAGGUGGCACUGGGCAGAGAGCACCACAUCACCAUCGAUGAGCCCAGCUUGAAACAGCCACCCCCUGGCUUUGACAGUGUCAUUGCCCGAGGCCACACAGAGCCUGAUCCAACCCAGGACACUGAGCUGGAGCUGGAUGGCCAGCGAGUGGCGGUGCCCCAGGGCCAGCCUGUGCUCUGUGCAGAGUUCUGCAGCUCCCAAUUCUCCCAGAGCGAGUAUCUCAUCUACCAGGAGAGCCAGUGUCGCCUGCGCUACCUGCUGGAGGUUCACCUCUGAGCUGUCUGCCUACCCCCACCCCUGGGGCUUGCUGGCAGCUAGACCAUCAGCCUUAACCUUCCUGCUUAUCCGUGGUGCCCCCAAAUCUCCCUCUUGUGUCCCAGGCAAUGAUCCCCCCCUCCAAUCUUUGCUAGCCCUGGCAUGGCCAUGGCCCCAGAGUCUCACCUCCUAAGGUGAUGGGCAUGAGGGACUGCCAUUAUUACUGGGGCACAGACAGAUAAAGCUGCCUGUUCAAGUUAGAGGAGCACAGGCUGAGAGUGGGUGGGGUCCCACAUCCCCCCGGGCUGUCCACCCUGACCCAGACCAUCUGUCUGAGAGGUGUGAGUACCAGGUCAGGCUGAACUUCAAGCAUAUAUAGCAAGUUUAUUAAAUAUUGUAUCCACUCA